CCUACCUUAUUUUUUUAGCACCAAUAUUCCUAACUCGAGACAUCUUUAUUAGGGACCUACUUAAUUUUUUCAGCUGCCGCGCGACGCUCUGCGUCCCUCCCCACCCGAACGUUGGGCAUCCAUCCCGAAAGACGGAUGCAUCUACCGAGUAUCUCGGCUUGCCGUGCCUCGCUGAGCUUGAUGGAGGCGGAGGCAAAUCAGUUUUUCACGAACUUUCAGUAAAACAGCUGAAACCGUCCGGCCUGCGCACAAAAUAAACAACGGCGCGUGCUACCCUAUUUUUUAAUGGUCUUUACUUUACCCGGUGUACGCUUUAUUUUGAAUUAAGCAGUGGUUGUUUAACGAAUUAAAUUGCUGUCGUGAUUGAGGCCUUGACGACGAUUUCCUAUCCAUCCAGUAUCCGUCAAGAAGAAGAGGAAGCUCCAAUGACUUUUUCUAGUCACGUUUGGGGAACUGAAUAAACAGGACUUUAACGUCAACGCGGACAACAAUGGACUUCGACAAUCCCUCAUACUUUUCUAUUCCAAAAGAAGAAGAAAAUGAAGAGGCUUCGGAGUUCCUGCUUGAGAGGCAAUUUACUCCACCUAAAGGGAAAGCAUGGUGUAAAAACAAAAGGACAUAUCUCAGGUCUGUUAGUACAAAUUCUGCAGAUUCCAAUAAUAGUUUGUUGAUUAAUGGAGAACCAAGACUGAGUGAUAUUGCUCCAGGUAGAUCCCUUAAGAAGGACCCACCAAGUAGAUCCAGUUCUUUAAAGGGCGAAAAAUCGGAAUUCAUUAGCGAUUUAAGUUAUCUUCCAGAAUCUUUUGACUCUGACAACCUUUCUGGAGAUGAAGUGUUCAUCGAUAAAGAAAGUGUUAGAUAUCACAAUUUCCCGGCUUUUAACCAAACCAAUCAAAGAAGACAUUCUAUUGGGACCUUCAUAGUUAGAUCCAGGGACAGAACGAACAGUGGAGCAUCUACGUCCAAAGCUGUCACAGAAAAUUCCGUUGAGAACAUGAGCUCGUCUACGAAAAGUUUCAAAGAAGAUUUUCCGUUUAGGGACGGAGAGAUGAAUGCUGUUAUCGACGAUCAUUCCAUCAGGCAUGCUUCCUAUCCACGAAAAAGGUGUAUUAAGUGCACGAAAGGAAAUAUUAGAAACAUUAACAUGGACGAUAUUUUAAUAGUGUCCCUGAAAAGCAGCGACGCAGCAUCAUUGUGGGUGGAUUAUUUUUCGACGUAUUUCCAGCAAAUAAGCAAACAUGCUAACAGGAAACCGUUUAAAAUUCAAUACACAGCAACUGAAGAAAUCAUCUUUAAGUCAGAAGAAGAAUUAAAAGAUUUAGUCACAGGAGCUUCAGGAGUGAAACUACAACUUGUAGUAAUCUGUCCAAGCUUUCUGGAUUUCAUAACGGAGCAUGCGGACGCGUGUGCAUCUCUAGGAAAAAUAUUUUUGGCAGACAGGACUCUGGCUCUAUUACUUGGCGUUAAUGAUAACGAUUUGACGGAAGUUCAUAAAAAAGUGUUACCAACAUAUUUUCAUUGGCAAAGGCAGUGUGUGGGACAAGACCAAGACGAAAAUUUUACCAAAGAAUUUUUAGCACAAGCAAUGGCUAUUUUAUCGAAAGUUUGGAAACAACAAAUUUCUAUCACUGCCCAAGAAAAAUCGUGUUUUUCCGUAACUCCGAAAAAAAUUCGACAAGGCCAGAAUAGCGUUUCCGUUCUACUGACCUAUCCCCUCCAGAAGGAAGAUAUUGUCAAAAUAUCAGUAGAAAAGAAUGGCGAGCUCUUCGAGAUCAAAACGGUAAAAAGACGGAACCCGUACGUCAUGAAAUUCUGGAUGCCCGAAGCUUUGACGCAGGUUACCAUAAUCGUUAAUGUCCUUGUAGAAAAGAACGGCAGCAUCAUAGGCAGUCGUCCGAUUAAGUGUGAGAGUAAAUUGAGAGAGCUGGAUCAAAUUUUAAGAAGCGUUAACAAUCCUAUAGACUUUAUGUGUCAGGCAGUUGGAUUUAGUCCAAGUGACAAAGACCACCUGGAUAACUGGUUGGUCCAUAACUUCCAGAAGAACCUUCCGCCCAAUUUUAAUUUAUUAACAAAUUGUCAAUCUCGAUUUGCAGCUGGAAUACAAGGACACAAACAUAGUCAUGAAGAAUUUCCUACCCUCCUCCAUUUUGCUGCGAAAUUUGGUCUUGAGAAGCUUGCCAUGCAGCUAUUAGAAUGUCCAGGUGCAGAGGUAGCUUACGAAUAUCGAAACAUUUAUGAUAUGACUCCUUUAGAAUUAGCUGAGGCGAAUGGGUUUUCUGAUUUGGCCAUCAUGUUUAGAGGAUUUAUGAAUAUUAAUGAAUUUACAAAUAUGUACGCCAAGUUAAUGGAAAUUUCAGGAAAUUCAAAAUCUUCGGAUACUGAUGACGAGGGAUAUAUGGUGCCAAAAACUAUUCAGGAAUUUUACAAGCUUUGCCCAGCUCCUAAACCAGUUGUUGGAACUCCUAGUACUCCUACAAUGACACCGAGUCCAACUACGAAAUGGCCCUCAAAUUUAUACAUGACAAUGCAUACACCCGGUUCUCUAACCAAAGAAGACUCCAUCCAAGAAGAAAAUCCGUUUAAUUUCAACCCACCAGCCAUUACCAAAGACCCAAUCGAUCUCGUACCAAAGAAUAACAAACAUACCAAAAAAAGCGAAGAACUUGAGGACAAAGUUCAAAAGGAACUAGCGGAAAUAAUUAACGAUUUCAAGAAUAAUAUCCAUUCGAUAACGCAAGCCGAAAAACUCGUUGACGAAUGGAAAAACCGGAACGACGUCCAAAAAUCCUUUCAAGAGAAACAAGAACAGCUCAUGGAAAUGAGAAUAAAAUACGAGCAAAUACAGAAUAAAAUGAAAAGUACGAUGAAGAAGCCGACUCCGUUUGAACGUAUGAAGAAAUUAUUUUCUAAACAUAAAGAGGACAAAGAAUGCCAUCAUAAAAAGAGUGCUUUGACUGCCACCAAUGAUUCAUCUACUCAAAGACCGAUUAGUAGUCUCAGUACGUCCAGUUCGGGAUCUUCUGGAAGGAUGAGCACCAUCAGUGGGUGCAGUUUAGGGGAUAGUGGAACUUUGUCGGACAAUGAAGAUAGAACACUAAUGGUAAAUGGUGGUUCAGAAGACGAAUUCAGACACAAGUUAAACAAAGCAGUACUAGAACUUAAUUAUAAUACAUUGCCGGCACCGAAGCCUGUUAAAGUUCUGCCAACAAAACAUACGUUUGAAACAAUAGAGGAGAAACCUGUGACUCGUCCCGAUACCCUAAACAUACGUAAUGAAUUUUAUAUUGAAUUUCCUCCUUCAGGAUUGCCAGUUUCAGGUUUAGACGAGCAAAAGGACCAAGCAUCAGCUUCAAAUGAAUAUAUGAACAUAGCCGUAAAUUCUCAUGAAUCUCACGAAUAUAUGAAUUUUAAAGUACCAGCAUUUUCGAAAUAAAUAAUUUUAUUAUUAUACGCAUUUAUCUGUUAAGAAAUAUUUAUAUUAUUUAUUUAUUCAUUCAAUAACUGUUAUUGAUGUAUUAAAAUCUGAGUGCACCUGCGUUACAAAACAAAUAUUUUUUCGAUCAAUUUAUUAACGAUUUAUUUUACCCAACAGACAAAUAAUAAAUAUCUGUUGAUGAAAAACUGUAUAUGUGUACUAAUUAAAAGUUUAAUGUCAUGCUUUUCUUUUUGCGAAAAGUAACCAGAAUAAAAUAAUAAUGGUUCUGUAAUGCAGUUGAUAUUAAGCAAUGAUCUGUUUUUAUAAGUGUACCACUUUUGUAAUUUAUGUAUGGCAUCUAUUUUUUACAAUUUAUAAAGUUUUAAAUUUAA